AUGGAAUCCAAUUCAACCUGCUCUUGAUAACUCCACCACUUUCCAACACCACCAUGACACGUACCAGAACGCUGCAGCCAUACCUGCGGCACAUUCACCUCCCGUCCGACGCAGCAUCGGCAACAUUCCCAACCUACUGCGUCGCCGCCGCCAUCCAGGCCCGCCUGCAACGCGCCCAGCUCGACUUCAAGGCCGCCCCGUCCUCGCCCGACUCGUCUCCGCCCCCGCCCACCCUCGUGACCUUUACGCCCACCCCCACCUACACCCUCGGCCGCCGACAACACUCGUCCUCGCACGGCAAACCCACAUCACCACCAUCGCUACCAACCCCUUCUUCACGCUUCCUCAUCCUCCCGUCCGAGCUGCAAGCCCUGGCCAGGCCGCUGCACCUGCAACAUGCCACCCCAUCCCCACCGCCCUCUUACGACGACCCCGUCGUCCUCCGCACCGAGCGCGGCGGCCUGACGACGUACCACGGGCCGGGGCAGCUGGUCAUGUGGCCCGUCAUCGACCUCAAGGGCGGCGGCAGCGGCAACCUCCCCUCCCCCACCACCACCACCAUAAAGCACACCGGCAGCCGCCGCCACCGCCCCUUCGGCGUCCGCCAGUACGCCGAGCUGCUGCAGGACGUGACGGCCGUCGUGCUCGCCCGCCUCUGGGGCCUGGCCGGCACCACGACGUGUGACCCGGGCGUCUGGGUCGCCGGCCGCAAGGUGGCCGCCAUGGGCGUGCACCUGCGCCGCCACGUGACGGGGCUGGGCGUCGCCCUCAACCUGUCGACGCCCGUCACGUCUCCCGGGGACGGCGGCGGCGGCUCGCCGGUGGCAGCAACCGAUGCCGAGCUCCUCGCCAGCAACCCGUGGCUGCGCUUCGUGCCCUGCGGCCUCGAGGGCAAGCACGUCACGUCGGUCGCCGAGGAGCUGCGGCUCGGUGGCAGGAGUGGCUGCGGGCCGGACCCGCUGGACCCGGCAGACGCCGGUCGCGCCGUCGCCACCGCCUGGGCCGACGAGUUCGCCGCCCGCAUCAUCGGCGGCAGCAGCACGGUCGACGCCGAUGCCGGGCCGGCCGUGCAGACCGUGGGUGACGACGAGGUGCAGCAGCUGGUGGCCGACGUGGCCGACGAGGCGAGGUUGAUAGAGGAGGAGUCGAGGCUGUGGCCGGCCAGGCCGGACCUGGAUUCCGCGCGCACUUGAGAAAGAGGCAUUUUGCAAGGCCAAGGAGAAUGAAUGUGUCCAAUUGCUCGCUACCGAAACCACAGGGUCCCACACAAUGCCGCUCUUGAUGAUCAUCAUACCGUGCUUGGUAAUGGGAUGAAUACAACGCGCACCAUGAGUUGCAGACCGAAAAUGCGCAUUCCCGUAAAAUAAUAUGACGCAGGCCAAACGCAACCGAAGCGACUCAGACAAUAAAAAUAUGCAAAAAAAAAAAAAAAAAUGGCA